AUGAAAGGCAACGAAUCAGAACCCUCUAUUCCGACGCGCACCUUAGCCAGGCUGAAAUCGUUAAAAAAACAGGCUAUACAAAAGCACAAGUACGCGGGGCUAUUCGGGCUAGUUCAGCUAAAGUAG